AUGGAGGCAAAUAAAAUAAAUGUUUGGUACAUCACAGGUUGUACAAAUGGUGUUGGAUUAUCUUUAGUCGAAAAAAUUUUAGAAAACCCUAAUAACAGAGUCACAGGCACAAGUAGGGAUAUUAAAAAAAUUGAAUCAUUAUCUGUAUAUAAAAACCCAAAUUUUUUAGGUGUUCAAGUUGAAAUUGGAAAUGAAGAAAGUAUCAAAGAAUCCGUUGAAAAAACUAUAAAGAAGUUUGGUGAUUUAACUCAUGUUGUUAAUAAUGCUGGUUAUGCAGUUGUUGGUGCUAUUGAAGAAGGUUUAGAAAAAGAUUAUCAAGAUUUAUUUGAGUGCCUUUACUUUUAUCCAUUAAGAGUUAUUAGAUCUGUUUUACCUCACAUGAGAUCAAAGAAAAAUGGUUACAUUUUUAAUAUUGGUUCUAUUGCUGGUGUUUCAGGUCAUCCUAGAUACGGAGCUUAUGCUGGUGCUAAAUCUGCAAUGAUGGCCACUACCCAAUCUUUGGCCUCAGACGUUAAGCCAUUUAAUAUUAAGGUUUCAUAUCUUAUUUUAGGUCACUUUAUGACUAAUUUCCAAAAACAUGUCAUGUCUGAUGAAGCUUUAGUUUCAGGUUUAAUCGCAGAUUAUGACACAAAGAGUUUCUGGAAUAAAAUGGUUACUCCAUAUAUGAAAAUAUUAACCCAAGGUGAUAUCAAAAAAUUAGCUAAUUUAAUAGUUAACCAUUACGCAAACCAACCAGAGUUACCAUACAAUCUAAUCAUUGGACCCAAAGAAACAUUUAUUGGAGUUGAUCGUAAGAUUAGUGAUCUCCAAGCCCAAGUUGCAUCUCAAAGAGAAUUUAACUCUGACGUAAUUUUGGUUAAAGAAAAUAAUUGA